GGCUGCAAUAAUCCUCUCUGGCUUUCAGUGCACAGUCAAGGAAUUUUAAAAAGAGGACUUUGUAACCACAAAAUACUCCCUGAGAUUUAAAAGGCUGUGGAGCUCCAGAUAAAUAAUCGUUUAUCCUUCUCCUGAAGAAAUUCCUCUGGUUACAAGUUUACCCUGUGAACAGCAACCCGCCCAAGACAGACUCCAGGUAAAGGAAGACUGGAAAUGUGCUUCUGGACAAAGCUUUGCGUGUUUUGGAUGCCGCUGUUCCUUCCACCUAACCCUGUUCCCUCUGUGGAGGCAGACAAGCCCUCAACCCAGGACGGCAGCCGCACGGGGAGUCCAAGCCGCCGUGCAGGUUGGCUCCAGGUCCUCUCUGCUGGCGACCUCCCACCCCUCAACCACUCAAGAAGCCUCAUCAAAACAUUGCUGGAGAAAACUGGGUGCCCCCGGAGGACAGACAGAAUGCAAGGAGACUGCAAUCUGUGCCUUGAACCCGAUGCAUUGUUACUAAUCGCUGGAGGGGGUUUGGAAGAUGAGCUAAGAGAGGAAGUAGUCCAGAGAGUGUGUCUUCUCCUGCUCUACUACAUUAUUCAUCAGCAAGAGAUCUGCGCUUCUAAGCUCAACAUGAGGAAUAAAGAGUAUACAUUUUACCUGCACAGCCUGCUGAGCCUCAGACAGAACGAAGACUCCACUUUCCUGUCGCAGAAUGAGACAGAAGAUAUCUUGGCUUUUACUAGGCAGUACUUUGACACUUCCAGGAGCCAGUGUAUGGAAACGGAAACACUACAGAAAGAAUCUGGAAUCCUAAGCAGCGAUGGUGCUGAUGAAAACACACUUCCUCAGCUGGCGGAGAUGAUCAUCGCGCUGUCCCUCCAAGGUGUUUGUCUGGGGCGAAGAAGCUUGCCUUCCCCAGACUAUUUUACAGAAUACAUUUUCAGCUCCUUGAAUAGUACACACACUCUCCAUCUAGCGGAACUAGACCAACUCCUCAACAUUCUCUGGACCAAAAGUACCUGUGUCAAAAAGGAUAAAAUCCAUCAACUUCAAAGGAAACAGAGCAAUAUAACCAUCCAUGAGUGGGGCUACUUUAAUCUAUCUGCAUUCAUGGACAAAGAAUCAGAUGACGGUCUUAUUUCCUGGGAUCAGACUUGCUUCUCUGCUAAGCAGCUGGUGGAAGUAUUUCUACAGGACAGCCUUUCACCCAUUUCUAAGGAGGACUUUAUGCAGAUGAGCCCAGGAAUCAUCCAGCAACUGCUCAGCUGCUCUUGCCAACCACCCAAGGACCAGCCAACAAAUCUGCCACCCAGUACUCUGGAGAAAUACGGCUACAGCACCGUCGCGGUGGCGCUUCUCACGCUGGGCUCCAUGCUGGGGACGGCGCUGGUCCUUUUCCAUGGCUGUGAGGAAAACUACAGCCUCGUGUUACAGCUCUUUGUGGGCUUGGCCGUUGGGACGCUCUCUGGGGAUGCCCUGCUGCACCUUAUCCCUCAGGUUCUUGGUUUACAUAAGCAGGAAGCCCCAGGGUUUGGACAUGUCCAUGAAAGCAAAGGUCAUAUUUGGAAACUGUUGGGAUUAAUUGGAGGCAUCCAUGGAUUUUUCUUGAUAGAGAAAUGUUUUAUUCUUCUUGUAUCACCAAAUGCCAAGCAGGGCCUGUCACCAGUUAAUGGGCACGUGGGACAUUCCCAUCAUGUUACACUUAACUCCGAAUUAAGUGACCAGUCAGGCAGAGGCAAAUCUGCUUCAAUGAUCCAGUUGAAAGGCCCAGAAGAUUCACAGGCAGCUGAAAUUCCUAUAAGCAGUAUGACAGCCUCCAACAGAAAAUGCAAAGCCAUUAGCUUGUUAGCGGUGAUGAUACUGGUUGGGGACAGCCUGCAUAACUUCGCGGAUGGCCUAGUGAUAGGAGCGGCCUUCUCAUCUUCCUGCGAGUCAGGAGUGACCACGACAAUCGCUAUCUUGUGCCAUGAAAUUCCACAUGAAAUGGGAGACUUUGCAGUACUCUUAAGCUCUGGACUUCCCGUGAAGACUGCCAUCCUGAUGAAUUUCGUCAGCGCCCUAACUGCCUUCCUGGGACUCUACAUCGGCCUCUCGGUGUCUGCUGACCCGUGUGUCCAGGACUGGAUCUUAACAGUCACUGCUGGGAUGUUCUUAUACUUAUCCUUAGUGGAAAUGCUUCCUGAAAUGACUCAUGUUCAAACACGACGACCCUGGAUGAUGUUUCUCUUCCAGAACUUGGGAUUGAUCUUAGGUUGGCUUUCUCUCUUCCUCUUGGCUAUAUAUGAACAAAAUAUUAAAAUAUAAGUGAGGAUUCUCAAAAUCCUGACAAAAUGAAUUUUUACAGUAUCAUUACUUUACUUUGGUUGUAUUCUACUGAUUUGUAAGUUUUUUUUAUCUUAGUUAUAGUAUGUAUCUUUUAGCUCAUUAACUUAUUAAUUUAAUAAUGCAAUUUUGGUUUUAGAAAUAUAUCAAAGUCAGGCUAUUCAUAAUUGAGAUUUUGUGUUUUCAGCAACUUUAUGGAAUGUAUGCUUUUUUUAGUAAUUAGUAAAUUCUGAAUUAAUUCUAAUGACUUAAAAAUAUUGUUUUUGUAAGACAGAUUGUUUGUUGUGUUUGAAAUGAACAGAUGCUGGUGGAGAUAAAAUCAGCUGCAACUUCUUUGAUGUCAGUAAUAUACUUUUUUCUGUGAGAUUAUAAAGCAUAAGCAAAGUAAAUUACUAACAAAUGCAAUAAAGUUUAGUUGAAUGUGGUGGUUCGUGUUCCCUUCUGUUCUGGAAUGUCAGAUUUUAAUCCAUCUCUUACAAAACCAGUGCAGUGUAGUUAACCUGCAGGCAUUGCCCACUGGUUCAAGUGUGCUCAUGAAUAAGCAAUGCUAGGAAGUCUAAAGAUUACACAUCAGCAUUCUUGGUAUCAGUCAUCACACACAAAAACUUCUGGUCCAGGCCAGGAGAACUGGAACCAAAACACGAAGUUCAAAAUUUUUUUAAAUUGAGUCAAGCAGAAGAUUAAUGACUAAAUGCUCACAGGUUAUGUGACAGAGAUUAUUUGCCUAAUAAAUGAAUAUAAUAUUACUGAAUAGUGAAAUACAUUUUGUGGUUUUUUUUUCCCUGAGGAAACACAGAACCGUAAACAGGAUUCAGAAGAUAAACUUGUGAAAUGAACAAGCAACAUGAGUGAUAACCUAGCUAAAUCGUUCAGUUAGAAAAUAACCUUGAGUUUAGUGAUUUUCUUCUAGAAAAUGGAUGCCUAUUCAUUUUCUUGAACAGUUUUUACGAUGUAUCUUGACAUGGGGAAAAGUUCGUUUUACUGCUAACUCCUUUCACAAUGCUCAGCCAGACAGACACAUUUGUCUUGUCUCUUACUCACCAAUAGGUUGAUUCUCUUUGCAUGAUCAUUUUCAACCACGUUUCUCUGAUUUCAAAAUGAGACGGAUUUCUUCUCCAGGUAUCUUUAGAGCUUGAUUUAAGAGUGCACCCAUGUGUAGUGAAAUAGUAUUCACAUAAUGCAUAACAGGAUCAACUGGAAGGCUUGUCUCUGGCAAACACGUGUUGUCAGGAUCCAACUCUGGAGUUUCUGAUUCUGUGGCUCUAGGUAAAGCUUGGGGCUAUGAUUUUAAACAACUUCCAGGUGAUGCGGAUGCUGCUUCACUGCUCAGAGCAUCACUGGUGUCCUAGAAGUCACGUGGACUUGACUUCAAGAAAGAGUGGGUUCACAACUCUGUUCUCUUAGAGCUCUGUGCUUGGGAGUGAGUUGGUCACACUCCUUCAAGCCUCGCGCUAGAUGUGAGUUCCAAAGCUGAAGCUCCCAUCUCUUUGUCCCCUUGCCUUGUAGCAUCGAAUCAGUUCCAGAAGUUACUGUAUAAGGAGUCCCUAGAUGGGUAGUACUUUUGAUUCAUAUUUGCCCUGUAAGGUGAGUAGAUUCAACACAGCAUUUUGUCCUUCUUUUGUUAGAGAAAAAAAUUGUGGACAAACAAAAACUCCUUUGUUCAAAGUAGCACAAUGGUGUAGAAGUCUCAUUCAAGAAGUCCCUGGCACUGGCUGUGUUGGGGUUUCUACAACUAGGUCCUGAUUUUGAUAUUAGGCCUUAAUUUAUGCCAGCUUAAUUAGGAAAGCUCUGACAGAUGACUUUGCUCCAAGAUCACAUUUAGAGAGGUUUCGAGCUGGCUAAAUUAAAAUUUUGCUGUGAG